AUGGCGUCAGCAGCAUAUGAGCAAGUUCUCAUCAGAUAUCUUGAUAUAACCCGAGCGCUCGUUGAAUCAUCGGGAACGAAACCUGGCGGGUCCUUGAAUACUCCGAGUAUUGACGUUAAAGACUAUGAGAUCUUUGAUGGGACAUCUCCCAACUACAAGCGGAAUCCUGACCCGGGCGCCGACCCUUCGGUGAAUGCCAUGAUACAGCUUCUUGCUAGGCAAGCUCGAAUUUUGAUUGCCUUCCACGAACAUUUGAUCUCAAACAAUGAUACGCGCACAUUCAGCAAAGACCUGCUUCAGAGGCGAAUAGCAGAUUUGAUCUCCAUUUCCUCGUCCAAAUUCUACGCCUACCGCUACGAUCUUCUUCCUCUCAUAUGGCGUCAGACAUACACCGAUGCUUGUAUACUUGACUCCUUCCGCCUCAUCCUACAACCCCUUUCCAGCGGUGAAGUUCUCUCGGAGGAUGUACUGGAUAUUGUCGUUGAGAAGCUCGACAGAGCCCUCAUAACAGCUGGUGGUGGAGGACGACAGCAGUGGCUCGAGGAGACAUUACAGCACCUUGAAGAAUCAUGGGCUUCAACUGAGCAGCACGAGAGACCAGCUAAACGCAGGAGACACGAUGGUUCACCAGAGCGUGGCUUUUCGAGUCUUGAACCCUAUGGGCGGCCUGGGCUCUCACCCGGAAGAAAGUGUCCACGAUAUUCUGGCUGGACAAUCACACAAUUCGAAGACUACAUGAACAGUAACAGCGAAGAGCCUCGACCUAUUGUCUUUUUAGAUCUGAUCCGAGGGUGGCCCGCCCUCACAGAUCGUCCAUGGAAGAAUCCCGAAUAUCUCCUCUCCAAAACCUUUGGAGGACGACGUCUGGUGCCGGUGGAGAUUGGUCGAAGCUAUGUCGAUGAAGGUUGGGGACAAGAGCUGAUACAGUUCCGCGACUUUCUCAAUCGGUAUGUUGAAGGAGACUGUUCUUCUACGGGCGAAACUGGCUAUCUUGCCCAACACAACCUUUUCCAACAGAUCCCUUCUCUUCGUAACGAUAUAUGCAUCCCAGAUUUUUGCUGGGUUGAUGUCCCACCUCAUCCAACAACCCCUUCUCUGAACCAGCCGCCUGUCGACAUGCCCCAGCUCAACGCCUGGUUCGGUCCUGCGCUUACAAUCACGCCUCUUCAUACAGACGGUUAUCAUAACUUGCUCUGCCAGGUCGUUGGCACAAAGUAUAUCCGCUUAUAUCCCCCACGCGCAACACAUGCAAUGCGCCGAAGGGCACCGGAACAUGGCGUCGAUAUGAGUAAUACGAGUGGACUGGAUGUGGGCGUGCUGGAGGGAUGGGACGAGAAGCCUGAGGACAUAACCGAUGAAGAUUUGAAGAAGAUGAGAGAAGAACUUGAGAGUGUCGAAUACUGGGAGUGUGUGCUUGAACCUGGAGAUACAUUGGUUAUUCCUAUCGGUUGGUGGCAUUAUGUGAGGAGUCUAAGCGUGAGCUUCAGUGUGAGUUUCUGGUGGAACUCCUAG